GAUCGAUAUAUUUCUCGCGUUCUCACACUGCACUCUCGCAAAAUAUCGGAAAUUCACAGAAAUGUCUGCGUCCAUCGUCUUUCUUAGUUUUAGCAAUGUUUUUACUUCUGUACCAUCCUUGGAUUGCACGAAGAAGUGAACAGGAAAUUACAAAAGAUUUACAAAAUAGCAGAUAUUGCUGACAAUCUGACCUCGGAAAAAUGGAGAUUGUCUCGCCACAUGCGCAGCAGAUGAUGAAUCAGUUCAUCAAUGGACUGAAAAGCAAAAAUGAUGAAGUUAGAUUGCGAACUGCAAAUGAUCUUUACCAUUUUGUCAGCACUGAAUUACGUGAGCUGCUUGCAGCUGAUGUAACCUGGUUUCUUGAUACUUUAAAUCACCAUGUUUUCGAGAUGGUCUCAAGUUCUGACAUGAAUGAAAAAAAAGGUGGAAUCCUGGGAAUUGUGAGUCUGAUAGGAGUGGAUAUGGGCAAUGUUACAACACACAUAAGCCGGUUUGUCAACUAUCUGCGAACCCUCGUCCCCUGCAGUGAUCCAGUUGUCAUGGAAAUGGCAUCAAAGGCUAUUGGUAUGCUGGCCUUAUCAUCAGGUGCAUUUGCAGCGGAAUAUGUUGAAUUUGAAGUUCGGCGGGCAUUGGAGUGGCUUGGGACAGAUAGGAGCGAGGGAAGAAGACAUGCUGCGGUGCUGGUUUUGAAGGAGCUUGCAGUCAACACACCAACUUUCUUUUUCCAACAUGUGCAACAGUUUUUUGACUGCAUUUUCAAUGCUAUCCGAGAUGGAAAGCUAAUAAUACGAGAAAGUGCAGUGGAAGCUCUGCGUGCAGCUCUAGUGGUGACAACACAGAGAGAAACAAAAGCUGCCCAUCGCUCACUUUGGUACAAGCAAUGCUUUGACAAAUCACAAGAACAACAAGAUGAUUCACAACUGAAGGAGCGAAAAAUGACAAAAGAUGAUUGGAUCCAUGGUUCUCUUUUGAUUGUUAAUGAACUUUUGCGCUUCAGCAAUGCUGAAGGAGAGAAAAUUCGUCAAGAAAUAGAGGAGGUCUCUGCACAGCAAAGUCAGCACGAUAGAAUCUCUCGGGAUUUAGGUUCACAUAAGUCUAGAGGAAACAGCACAGUGUCAGCACUGCAGCAACUGCAACAGAAGUCCUCUCCUCUCAUAGUCUUUGGCCUUGGAGGUCGAAGCUUUCAAGAAAGACCAGCACCAACAGAGAGUAAGGCUUGCAAAGAUCUGAUGAAUCAACACUUUGAUAAGGUGUGCAACAUGAUGCUACGUUACAGAACAAGUCGGAGUUCAUUUGUACAACUGGCUUUGUUGUCUACUCUGCCACGUUUGGCUGCUUUCAAUCCCAGUGUCUUUUCACGGGCGUACUUGGCAGACACCAUUCAUUUUCUGUUGACAUCCCUCAAGCGAGAGCGAGACCGAACACAAGCAUUCCAGGCUAUUGGUUACUUGGCCAUCUCCAUCCAGAGUGAAAUGUUUCGACACUUACCUCAAGUGAUGGAGAUUAUCCGGGCAUCUUUGCCAGCUAAAGACUACUCCUCAAAGAAGAUGAGGCACUUCACAGUUGAUCCCGCAGUGUUCACCUGCAUCAGCAUGUUAGCCAGAGCCAUGGGACCAGAGAUGACUCAUGAUGUCCGAGAAUUGUUGGACUCCAUGUUUGCUACAGGGCUCAGUCCAGCACUGACUGCUGCACUACGUGAGCUGGCAACCCAGAUUCCCCAGCUGAAGCGAGAUAUUCAGGAUGGCCUCUUGAAAACCCUGUCUUUCAUCCUGAUGGGACACACACUGCGACACCCAGGGGCAGAUAACACCGCCACCUUCACACCUGCAGGAACCAUGGGUGCAGAAACACAUGAUGUAACCAGUAUUACCCUGGCGCUUAAAACCCUUGGAAGCUUUGACUUUGAAGGUCACUCACUUACACAGUUUGUCAAGCACUGUGCAGAGCAGUACCUGGCUAGUGAACACAAGGAAAUACGACUGGAGGCUGUACAGACAUGUGCCAGACUGCUUACUCCCCUCCUCAAUCUUCUGGCUACCAGUCAGAAUCAGAUCAGCUUGGCUGCCAUAACAACAGUAGCCGAUGUUCUGAGCAAACUUCUGGUGGUUGGAAUCACAGACAGUGAUCCCGACAUAAGGUUUUGUGUGCUUAUUUGCUUGGAUGAAAGAUUUGAUCCUCACCUUGCUCAGGCAGAAAAUCUCAAUGCCCUCUUCCAUGCACUAUAUGAUGAGUCAUUAGAGAUACGAGAGCGAGCAAUAUGCAUGAUAGGCAGACUUAGCAGCAAAAACCCAGCCUAUGUGAUGCCAUCAUUAAGAAAAAUUCUUCUGCAGAACCUGUCGGAACUUCAGCAUAGUGGCAUUGGCAGAAACAAGGAGCAGGCAGCCAGGAUGUUGGGCCAAUUGAUUGCUAACACCGCUCGUCUUAUUCGACCAUACAUGGAGCCCAUUCUUAAGGUUUUGAAUCCCAAGUUGAAAGAGCCUGAUGCCAACCCAAGCGUAACUAUCAGUGUGCUGGCAACUGUUGGGGAGCUGGCUCAGGUCAGUGGGACGGCUAUGCGCAAGCACACAGCUGAGCUGCUUCCCAUCAUCAUAGACAUGCUACAAGACAUGUCCUCGCUACAAAAACGUGAGACUGCAUUGUGGACACUGGGGCAACUUGUGGAAAGCACAGGCUGUGUGGUUGAGCCCUACUACAAGUAUCCCAACUUACUGGAAGUCCUUCUUAACUUUCUCAAGACUGAACAGGGAAGCAACAUUCGCAGAGAGGUGAUCCGUGUGCUAGGGUUGCUUGGAGCCCUUGACCCUCACAAAUAUCGCAUGAACACUGGUCUCAGUCAGGCCAGUGAGGCUGCUGUCAGCAAGUCAGAGCGAAAAUUGGAGGAGGGAGAAUUUACAUCUAGUGAAAUGCUGGCCAACAUGGAUCCCAGCUGGACAUUGGAUGAAUUGUACCCAGCUGUAGCUAUAAGAUCAUUGAUGCGUAUCAUUCGAGACCCAAGCCUUAGCCAGCACCACACAAUGGUGGUCCAAGCCAUUACUUUCAUUUUCAAAUCACUUGGUCUGAAGUGCAUUCCCUAUGUAGAAGAAGUGAUUCCUGCUUAUCUCUCCGUCAUUCGAUCAACAAACCCAAAAUUUAGAGAGUUUCUGUUUCAACAACUAGGUGUCAUUAUUGCCAUCAUCAGACAGUACAUAAAGAAUCACCUUGAUGACAUCUUUGAUAUGAUAAAGGAGUUUUGGGUGCCACAAAGUCCAAUGCUGAAUACCCUUCUUCAUUUCACAGAGCAGAUAGCUACUGCUUUGGGAACAGAGUUCCGAAUCUAUUUUCCACAUAUUCUGCCUUUAUUGCUGCGUGCCUUUUUGCAUGAUUCUUCACCAGAACGUGAAUUCACUUGUAAGAUUCUGAGUGCAUUGCAAUUGUUUGGCGCCAACUUGGAGCAGUUCCUCCAUAUGCUUCCCCCAGUGGUGAAGUUAUAUGACUCGUCUGAAAUCUCUUUAACUGCAAGAAAGCUGGCCAUAGAAACAAUAGAACGUCUGACGGAGUCCCUAGAUUUAACAGAAUACUCGUCUAUGAUCAUCCAUCCCCUUGUGAGGGUCUUGGACACCAGCCACAGCCUGCAGAUCGCAUGCAUGGAUGCAUUGACAGCGCUUGCUGGCCAGUUAGGAAACAAGUACAACAUCUUCAUUCCCAUGGUGCACAAGAUCACUGUCCGACACCGCAUUCAUCACCAGCGGUACCAGAUACAGAUGACUAAGUUGUUGCAGGGUACUACUAUUGCAGAGGAGGAGGAUAUACCUGUGAUAUAUCGUCAUGCCAAGAUGAGGCGGCAUGCACAGAGGGAACGGGAACAACAGUCUCAGGCAGACAGCACAACCAUUGCCAAGCUGCCUAUCAAGUUUGACAACCUGCAGAAGUCGCUGUGUGCUGGACGACGUGUCUCCAAAGAGGACUGGAUUGAAUGGCUGCGAAAACUUAGCACUGAACUCUUAAAGGAAACGCCAUCACCUGCACUACGCUCCUGCUGGGCUCUUGCUCAUUCGUAUUAUCCGUUAGCCAAGGAGCUCUUUAAUGUUGCCUUCGUCUCGUGCUGGACGGAAAUGUCAGAAGCAGAGCAGGAUGAAUUGGCCCAGAAUCUGGAGCAGGCUUUGACAUCACAAGAGAUUCCUGAAAUAAUGCAGACACUACUGAACCUGGCUGAGUUCAUGGAACAUUGUGACAAGGGUUCUCUUCCAUUGGAUAGAUAUUUGCUUGGUGAGCAUGCCAUGAAAUGCCGUGCCUAUGCCAAGGCACUGCGCUACAAGGAGGAGCAGUUUAAUCGAUCCCCAACUGCUGAUGCUAUGGAGGCUUUGAUCAGCAUUAACAACAAACUUCAGCAGCCUGAAGCAGCAGCUGGAGUGUUGGAAUAUGCCCAGCGCAACCAUCGUACAGAUCUGAAAAUCCAGGAGAGCUGGUAUGAGAAGCUACAUGAGUGGGAUAGGGCAUUGGAGGCUUACAAUCAGAAACUAGAAGCAAACCCUGAUGAUAUCAAUCUUACCCUAGGAAGAAUGAGGUGCUUGGAGGCCAUGGGAGAGUGGUGAGGGAUCCUGCAUGAAAUGGCUGUAGAGAAGUGGUCUUCAGCUGAUGGUGAUGUUCGAACCAAAAUGGCACGAAUGGCAUCAGCUGCUGCCUGGGGUCUGGGCCAUUGGGACAGCAUGGAGGAAUACAUGUGCUACAUUCCUCACCCAACCUAUGAUGGCAUGUUCUACAGGGCUGUAUUUGCUCUUCAUUUCGAAAACUACCAACAGGCACAACAGUGUAUUGACAAAGCUCGAGAUAUUAUAGACACUGACCUGACAGCGAUGGCGAGUGAAAGCUACAAUCGAGCUUAUGCAGUACUGGUCAGUGCCCAGAUGUUGUCUGAGCUGGAAGAGGUCAUUCAGUACAAACUUGUUCCAGAGCGACGACAAGCCAUCAGAAACAUGUGGUGGGAGAGACUGAAGGGCUGUCACAGGAAUGUGGAGGACUGGCAGCGAAUUCUUCAAUUACAUUCCCUGGUUGUCUCCCCCACAGAAGACAUUCAUGUAUGGCUCAAGUAUGCUAGCUUGAGUCGGAAGAGUGGGCGUCCUGCCCUAUCCCACAAAAUUCUGAUGACAUUGAUGGAGGUGGACCCCAGUAAGUCAAAUCUUCCCUUGGCGACAACACACCCCAGUGUCACAUAUGGUUACCUUAAGCACAGGUGGCUUGUGUGCAGGCAGCGCUCUAGUACCCAGUCUCAAGCAGAAGCAAAAGAUACUUACCAACAGUUGCACCAGUUUGUGCGACAAACACUACAGAAUAAAGCCCUGCAGAUGAUGGGCCCAGACACUUCACAGCAAAAACAGGAGCUCACUCGGCUGACAGCGAGGUGCUACUUGCGGCUGGGACAUUGGGAGGAAGAACUCAAAGGCAUCACGGACACCUCCAUCCCACAGAUUCUGGAGUAUUAUAAUCUGGCUACACAAUACAAUGGUACAUGGUACAAGGCUUGGCACGCCUGGGCCUUGAUGAACUAUGAAGCUGUGUUGUUCUACAAGGAGCAAGCAGGCACUGUCCCAUCCAGCAAUAAUGCAUCUUCAGCAGACCUGACAGCCUUUGGUGCCACGAGGGGACUUGCUGUUGAUUCCUAUCCCUUGACACCCAAGACUGAGUCAAAUGCUGCUAAACUUCAAAAAUUUUGCGUCCCCGCAGUUCAUGGCUUUGUGCGCUCCAUAGCAUUGUCUGUUGAAAACAGUCUACAGGACACUUUGAGGCUGCUGACUCUUUGGUUUGACUACGGCCAGUGGCCUGAUGUGUAUGAAGCACUGGCAGAAGGCAUAAAGAGCAUCCAGAUAGAAACUUGGCUACAGGUCAUCCCUCAAAUAAUCGCACGAAUUGACACGCCUCGAAGUCUUGUUGGACGCCUUGUCCAUCAGCUUCUAAUUGACAUUGGCAAAGCCCAUCCACAGGCAUUGGUCUAUGCUUUGACUGUGGCAUCAAAGUCUAAUGUACCUGCUCGCCAAGCUGCAGCCAACAAAAUCCUGAAGAACAUGUGUGACAGGAAUGCAGACCUUGUACAACAAGCCAUGCUGGUCUCAGAAGAGCUGAUCCGAGUGGCCAUCUUGUGGCAUGAACUGUGGCAUGAGGGACUGGAGGAGUCAUCACGCAUGUACUUUGGCGAUCGAAAUGUUAAGGCCAUGUUCAAUAUACUGGAACCUCUUCAUGCACUGCUUGAACGUGGCCCUCAGACCCUUAAAGAAACUUCUUUCUGUCAGGCUUAUGGUCGUGACCUGAUGGAAGCCCAGGAGUGGUGUCGAAAAUAUCAGCGUUCAUCAAAUGUUAAAGAUUUGACACAGGCUUGGGAUCUCUACUACCAUGUCUUCCGUCGCAUCACUAAACAGCUGCCUCAAUUGACAUCGCUGGAGCUUCAGUAUGUUUCUCCUAAACUUUUGGCUUGCCAUGAUCUUGACCUGGCAGUUCCUGGGACCUACGAGCCUAAUCAACCAAUUAUCCGCAUUCAGCGAGUACAAAGCUCUUUACAAGUCAUCACCUCUAAGCAGAGGCCUCGCAAACUGAGCAUAUUUGGAAGCGAUGGAAAGGAAUAUCAGUUCUUACUCAAAGGUCACGAAGAUUUGCGUCAGGAUGAGCGAGUUAUGCAGCUGUUUGGACUUGUUAACUCUCUACUUCGUAAUAACCCUGACACACUUCAUCGUAACCUCACCAUCACCAGGUUUGCUGCCAUUCCACUGUCCACCAACUCAGGACUAAUCGGAUGGGUGCCUCACUGUGAUACACUUCACACGCUCAUCCGUGACUACCGUGAAAAGAAGAGAAUACUUCUUAACAUAGAGCACAGGCUUAUGCUCAGAAUGGCACCAGACUACGACCAUCUGACACUGAUGCAGAAGGUGGAGGUGUUUGAACAGGCCUUAGAGCACACACAGGGAGAUGAUCUGGCCAAAAUUCUAUGGUUCAAGAGUGCCAACUCAGAGGAAUGGUUUGAACGACGUACAAACUACACACGCUCGCUUGCUGUCAUGUCAAUGGUGGGCUAUGUGCUGGGACUUGGAGACAGACACCCAUCCAACUUGAUGCUAGACAGACUGAGUGGCAAGAUCGUCCAUAUUGACUUUGGAGACUGUUUUGAAGUUGCCAUGACACGUGAAAAGUUUCCUGAGAAAAUCCCCUUCCGCCUGACCAGAAUGCUCAUUCAUGCUAUGGAGGCAACAGGGAUUGAUGGUAUCUACCGCAUGACCUGUGUCAAAGUGAUGGAGGUUCUGCGUCGGAACAAGGACUCCCUUAUGGCUGUUUUGGAAGCAUUUGUAUACGACCCACUGCUCAACUGGCGACUUGUAGAAGUGACUGGAAAUAAAGCAAAAGCAAAAGCAGAGAGGUCAGGGUCAUAUGGUGAAAGUCAAGAAGGAGGUGGAGACCUCCUUGAGAAUGUUGAUCAGACAGGCUCACAGUCAGCCAGCAAGAAGAUGGCAAUUGAAGGUCACGAACUGUCAUCAGGCAGCAUAAACGUACCCUCUGAGGUGAUGAACAAGAAGGCUGUUAUAAUAAUUAACCGGGUCCGUGAUAAGCUGACAGGUCGUGACUUCAACACUGAUGACCCAGUUUCCGUGCCUCGCCAAGUGGAGCUGCUCAUCCAACAAGCUAUGUCUCAUGAGAAUUUGUGUCAGUGCUACAUUGGAUGGUGUCCCUUCUGGUGAAGACAGCUGAAGAAAAUUUUGGGAACAAGAGAAUGUUCCAGAAUAUGUUUGUGAUCUUUCAGCUCAUUAUCAGCUGAUGUCAUAAUGAAGCAUGGCUGAUGCUGUACGUUCUUGUGCUUGUGGCCUUGUGUGGUUCAAUUUUGAUUUCAGCAAAUGAUGAUGACAAUAAUGACGACACAGAUGUCUGCAUACAUGUGUUAUAUUUAUUUCUGCUUGUGCCGGAGCGUCAGAGUGUGAGUAUGAGCAGUUUGGAAACAAAAUUCUGCAUCCAUUAUAGGCCAAUCAAGUGUUAUGACAAAUAAUGAGACUAUUGACGUGACCCUUGUAACCAAGUUCCACAAACUGGGUAUGCUGUGAUCAUUGUGACUUGAGGCCUAGGUCAUUAUACAAGUUUGAAACUGUACCUUUCAGUUUUCGAUGAUUGAAUAUUCUGUUGUUGUUUCACAGUCUUAUUCUAUUUAUAGAUAUAUUUCAUAAAUUUUGGGGCUAAGAAGAUGUACUUGAUGCUUUUUUAAAUUUGCGCUUUUAUGAAAUUUUUAAAGACCUAAGAGUAGACCAGGAUCAGUUUACAAGGAAUGUGAAAAGUGAAAAAGAUGGGCAUAAGCUACAUGAGCAUGGUGCGCUGCAGCCUCAUAAAAGAACCCUUGACCUGUGAUCUCAUGGUCUGCCUAAUGAUUGUUUUACUGAGAAUGGAAACCAGACCAUCUAUAGCCUCGACACUUAACAUUCCAUAUGAUUACUUCCUUCAGCAGAUAACCUUACAUGCAAUCUUAACAGGAAAUUGUUUGCAGGUAUGAUGAUAGAUAUCUUUCUCUGGUCGCAGCUUCCUCCACUUCUUGCAUUAUGUGUAGCAAACUGUGAUGACAUUUACUUGCAUACAUUUAGUAAACAUGUAUUUACAAAAUCAUGGCCCUUUUAGAUUACAUCAGGUUCUUGUGAAAUAUUAAAUGAAGAUCCCUUAUUGUGUCACAAGAUUUAUCUUUCUUUAGUUCAUAUUAUUUGGCCACAAUUUUGUAUGUGUGUGUGAGAGAAAGAGAGCAAUUGGAGUUUGAUGUUUAUCAAUGAUGUAUUUAAAUGUACUUAAAAUAAUGAACUUUUAUUAAAACUCUAAUCCCAUUUUCUGAAGAAUGUACAUAUAUUCUUUACUUGUUUCUUAGUCAUGGUACAGAAUUCCUUACCUUGAUCAGUUUAUUACAAAAGUGAAAUGUUGUUAAUGGUAGUAUUCAAUAUUUCAUGUCAGUGAAUACAGUCAUCUUGCAUUUACGCUACAUUUUUAUAUUGUUGAAUUUCCUUUAUUCAUUUAAGUGUUGUAUGUGUGUGUGUGAGAGAGAAAUGAAAAUAAAAUGUUUUGAAAACCGUACUUUUAAAAAGUGGAAGGAUACAAUAAGAAGUAAGAAAAUCCUUUUUUUUUUUUAAUUUUGUUAAAUGCUUUGGUAAUAAGGAACAGAACUGCUACAUUCUUCUGCAUACGGUCAUAACUAUUUGUGUUAAUUUACUGAAUGUGCUUAAAAGGAAGUAUUAAUCUUGAUGUCUGAAGGGUCAAGCACUUUCAUAAAGUACCGUAUCCACUGAUUGUAGCUUGACUUGAUUUUUUCAGGGAAGUAAUGUAACAGUUAUUUCAUUGAUGCUUUUUCAAUCAUUCAUUAUGUUCUGUUUGUCAUUUGUCUGAUAUUGUGCUCUGUAGAAAACAGGAGUACCAAACACUAGUCUGAAUUUGCUCUUUGUCAUAUGUGAGCAUAAUCUGUGUAAAGGAGACCUGACAGCAUCCAUAACUGAUCAGUUCCUUACCAUUUCUUUGCCUACAUGGUUUGAAGUUGUUUGAGAAUGAGGUAUUGUGACGGUGUAUUUGGAAGAAAAGACACAUUGAAAUGAAGGUAGAAAGUUCUUUGUAGCAGUAAGUGGCCAUUCUCUAUACAGUGUAUAGAAAAUAAGCUUUCCUUGUAUUUUGUGAGCUGCGGCUAUGGUUUUACUUUUAUUAUUGUAUUAUGAUAAAUAAUGAGAACUCAUAUAGCACACUUCCUCACUGGGUAGCAAGCUCAUUGUGCGUCACAGAAGAGUACAACAUAAAAGACAUGAAAAUGAGAGAAUUGGGAUAUGACAGUCAGGUGAAGUGAAAGAGGCAGGGCAAAUUUGUCUUUUAAGCCUUGUGGGUUUUUUUUCCCACAGUUUAAGAUUGCACUUAAGGUUCUAACCUGCGUGCCAAAAAAAACGAUGUCAUCAGGUGAUGAUAGUACCAAUUUACACGUGCAUUCAAGGGGCUGUUUACUUCAAGCUUUACUUCUAACCCUGAAAGAAGCAUUGAUACAUAAAUUAUAAUUUGAUCCCCACAUCAGACCCAAGCACAUACCACACUUGCUUAGCUGUAGGGUAAAAUAAACUGCAUAGAACUGGCAUCUUUCAGACAUAAUGAAGGGGUGGGGGGUUUUAAAAAUUUUUUUUUUUAGUUUCAGACACUUUAAAACUUAUUGAAGAAUAAGCUGAAAUUGUGCACAUCACCGGUUUUUUGUUCUUUUCACAGCAGGAAUAGGCAAGGAGAGCAUGUCCAUGUCUAGCAGGACUAUUACUAUAUAUAGCCUGUGUCUUUAUGAUUAUCAUAACGUGCUAGUCAUGUACUUACAUAUGAGUGUGGUGUAUUUGUAAAUAAUAGACUGGUUACUUCGAUGCAUACAUAAUUCAUGCAUUUGGAUUAUAAUAUGUGAUGAAAUAUGAUUAUUGUUAAAGUGGCAUAGAUGUGCCGUCUGCUUUCCUCUCAUUACCUGUUGUCUGGAUGAGUUUGGGGGGAAAAUGUGGAAAGGCUUACAUUUCCCAUUAACAUUAAUAGUGCAUGUCAACUGGCCAAAUAGCUCUGCUGUGAAAUGUGAAGGGUAACAAGUGUGAAUGGCAACUGGAGGAGGGGGGUAUAUUUCAUCUAAUUUGUGCAUGAUACAAGUGUUUCAGAGUGGCAGUUUCAUACUUUUCAACUAGACAGUGUGUUAUUAGACUGUGUAUGUUGGAAUGGAUAGAGCAUGAAUAGACAGAAGGAAAUAUUAAUUUUGAUGACUAAUGACAGCUACAGUGGUAGCUCAGUGUUCUUAUUUUGGGAACUUAUGUCUGUACAGUAGUCUCUCACAAUAAAAUGUUAACCUAGAAUAAAAGAGUGUUUCAUUCUCUGAAGGCUUAUGACAUACAUCUAGUAAUGUUGGGUGAAGCUUUCAAAAAUGGAAUGUAUAUUUGAAAAGACUUACCAUAGGUUUAGGAAAAGCAAAUGGGUGGAGUAUGGAUACAAGCAUAUGCAUGUAUAGGAGACUGUGACUGUGUGCAUGCAUGUCAGAUUGAAUAAAAGAGGGAAUCUUA